ACGCUCACCUUUAGAUGCAUCUUCGAGUCUAAUAAAUUCCGAGUAAAAAGUAAAAAAUACAGAAAUACGAUCAUUUGAAAGAAAUAUCAUUGUUUAACCUUUGCAAUAGCCAUUGAAGAUGUCGAAGAGGGUUGCAGAGGAAUCGCCCGGGUCAAGUGGACCCGCAAAAAAAGUUUCGACAAUAUACCUUCCACAUACAAUACCUUCCGUGUCUAAUUCCACAGAGCUUGAUAUAAACGUCUUAAAAUUCCAAAACAAGAAGUUGGCCAAUCGUAUUGAACAACGUAAGCGAACAGAAAACGAGCUAAAGGGGCGAAUUGAUCAGCUUGAGAGUCGUCAAACACAGGACGAUGCUGUACUCAAUGCUGUUAAUCGCUAUUGGAAUCAAUUCAAUGAGGACAUUCGCAUCCUCCUACAGAGAUUUGAUGCUGAGACUGCUGACGAGCAAGAAAGUAAGAAUGAAAGUGAAGUAACGACAUCAUUUCUUGUGCAACUAUCAACAUGGGAUAAGAAGGAACUUGAUGAGAAUCUCGCAAAUCGUGUUCAGAUUUCAAAGAGAGCCGUGGGAAAAAUUAUUCAAGUCUUUGAUCGCUUAAUGCAACGUAAUGAUAAAAUAUUACAAGAGCUAAGAGCUGAAGCUAUUGAGAAGAUCAAAAAUGUUUCUGUUAUUGGAAAUGAAACGAAAAAUAAUGAUAAACCUGGCGGAACAUCAAUGACAAAUGUUGCAACUCUACACUUAGAAGAGUUAAAAAAGGAACUCGAUGAGUACAAAGAGCUCUCUGCAAAUCGAUUACAAGAAAUCGAGAAGUUAAAUGAAGAAAAAGCUCAGGCAAUCACAGAAAUAGAUAAACUUAAGAUGGAUAUGCGCCAUCUUCCAGAAUCUGUCAUCACUGAAACGACUGAAUACAAAAUCCUGCAGUCUCAAUUCUCAGUUCUCUACAAUGAGUCGAUGCAAAUCAACACAAUGUUAGAUGAAGCACGAGCUCAACUAGCCAAAAGUCGUACAGAAUAUCAACGAUAUAUUGAAGUAUUAGAAAGUAAUGAACUUGAGGAGCAGAAGAAGUUACGCAAUGAGUUGUUGCAGAAACAAUACAUUCUUGAUCAAACAAGAAAAGAGUUUGAGAAUUUGCGAAAUAAGUACGAACAGAAUUUAGCAGCAAAUGAGCAGACAGCUCCGAUUAAUCGUGAAAUGAGACUUCUGAUUACUUCACUUCAAGAUCGUAAUAUGCGUUCGAAGAAAGAAGCUCAAAGAUAUAAAGCUUCAAAGAAAGAACUGAUGGCUGAAAAUACAAAGCUUCGUAAAGAGGUUGAGGAGAUGCGAACGAAGUUGAAUGCGGCUGGUGUGAAAUCAGAGAAAGAUAUGAAAAAUGAAAGCACAAGUGCACUAGAAGAAGAACAUCCGAUUGACAAUAUAAAGAGUGAAAUAAAAGAUGAAGCAACAGACAAAGUCAAGAACGAACCAGAUGAGAAUGAUUCCGAUAAUGACGAUAAAGCGUCAUUAACUUCUGCAGAUAAAAAUCAAUCAGAAGGCGUCAAUAAAAAGGAGGAAAGUAACACGACGACUUCAAAUAACACAAAUAAUAUUGCAAAACUAGAACGCGAGAACCGAGACUUAAAAGCUCAACUCAAGAAAGCUCUCAAUGAUCUCAAGGAUACAAAAGUGGUAAUGGACACUUACAAAGGCGUGAGCAAAGAGCAACGUGACAAAGUUCAAUUGAUGGCGGCUGAGAAGAAAAUCCGCGCUGAGCUAGAAGAACUCAAAUUACAAAUGAAGAAAAUACAAGAUACGAGACGUGAAGACCGUAAAAAACUCACCGAUGAAGAUCUUUUAAGAAAAAUUAAGCAACUUGAAGAGAAGAAUUGCGAACUUCAAAAGCAAAUUUCCAUUCAAAAAGUCACCGAUGGUCAUUGGGCUAAUCGAACUUUUGUCGGAUCAAAUGAAGAAGAAGCUCUUCUGAAUGAGAUUGAAUUGACGGGACAAGCGUACGAUGAAAUGCAAGAGCAGAAUGAUCGUCUUCUGCAACAGCUUAGUAGUAAGGAUGACGCCAAUUUCAAAUUAAUGUCGGAUAGGAUCAAUGCCAAUCAGAAGCAAACUUUACUCAGCCAACAGAUUGAUGAGCUUGAGAAGCAGUUUCAGAUUCAAGAACAUCAAAUGGAAACUUUGAUUACACUUAAACGAAAAUUAGAAGAAAAAGAAAAGACUUUAAUCACAACUAUAAGUAAUCUUGAGAAGGAAGUAGAUUUGAAGCAGAAAGCGAUGGAGAUGUAUAAACGGAAAGCAACUGAAUCGGCACAGUCAGCUCAAGAGUUGAAAAUGCAUUUAGAAAAGUAUGUGACGAUGCUUGCAGAGACGCAACAAAUGAUGGACCAGAAAGCAACGCGGUUUAUGCACGAAUCCAACAAAACAAAGAAUCUUCAAGAAGAGUUGAAUGUUUUUAAGAGAAAGAUUGAACGGAUGAAAAACAUGGAAAUGGAGAUGUCGGGGGCGACAAUUGAUGAAGUCAUUCUUCAAGAAAACCUCGAGUACAAGGAAGCACUUACGUGUGACUCAUGUAAAGUUAAGCAAAAAGAUGCCGUGCUGACAAAAUGCUUUCAUGUCUUCUGUUACGAAUGUUUACGAAAUCGCUACGAUUCUCGUCAACGAAAAUGUCCCAAGUGUAACUGUGCUUUUGGUGCGAAUGAUUUCCAUCGCUUGUAUCUUACUUAAAGAGAAAACUAAAACAACUUUUACAAUAUUUAUUGGCAGAACGAUUCGCUCGGUUCGAUGAUUAUUAGGCCCUUAAAACUUUAUCCAUUUAAUUUAAUUAAGACUAAAAAUAAAU